AUGGGCUCCGUUACACAUAUUGUGCAACUCCAAUUUCGCAAGGAUGUUGAUGCAGCCACCGUUCAAGAUGCCAUCCAACGAAUGCUGAACCUGAAGGAGAAGUGUAUCCAUCCGGAGACAGGAAAGCCUUACAUCGUCUCAAGCACAGGAGGGAAGGAGUGCUCGAUUGAAGGAAUGCAGGAUGGCAUUACUCAUGUCUUUGUGGUUGUCUUCGCGUCCGUCGCCGAUCGUGAUUAUUAUGCCCAGAAGGAUCAGGCUCACCUCGACUAUGGUGCUAGCCUUUUGCCCAUCGUGGAGAAAGUUCUGGUUGUUGACUUUGCACAAAACAUCUACUAG